AUGAUUGUCCUUUUGGUGUGGGGUGACUAUCGCCUGCAUUCACCCAUGUAUUUCUUUGUAGCCAAUCUUUCUUUUCUUGAGGUUGCCAUCACUUCCACAGUGGUACCUAAAAUGCUAGCUAACACAUUUUCCCUCACCAAAACAAUAUCCUUCGUGGAUUGUCUUACUCAGUCUUUCUUCUACUUUCUCUUGGGAUCUACAGAAUUCUUCAUCUUGGCUGUCAUGUCUUUUGAUCGAUAUGUUGCUAUUUGCAACCCACUGAGGUAUACCAUCAUUAUGAACAAACAAACAUGUAUACUGUUGCUUCUUGGAUCUUAUGUGGGUGCAUUUUUGUCAAUUUUGGCAUCAUCAAUAUUAACUGCCCCUCUGCCAUUUUGUGGGCCAAAUGUUAUCAAUCACUUCUUCUGUGACAGUGCCCCUAUGCUGAAGCUGGUCUGUGCAGAUAUCUCUCUGGCUGAGCUGGCUGACUUUGUCUCCUCUGCUGUGUUACUGUUGGGUUCCUUGCUACUGACAGGAGUGUCUUAUACAUGCAUUGUCAUUGCUAUCCUUAAAAUUCCCUCUGUCCAAGGGCGGCAGAAAGCUUUCUCCACCUGUGUUUCACAUAUCACUGUGGUAACACUUUACUAUGGAAGCUCCAUCUUCAUCUAUGUCCAGCCAAAAAAGGUCACUGUGAUGGAUGCCAACAAAUUCGCCACGGUCCUAAAUACCAUUGUGACACCAGUGUUGAAUCCUUUUAUCUAUAGUCUUCGAAAUAAAAAAGUUAAAGAUUCUCUGAAAGAUAGCUUGAAUAAAUAUGUGAGCAUGCUAACAAAUUUAAGAUCUUUAAGAUCUCAAAAGUGA